AUGACGGCAACAACGACUCGGGCCAUCGGUUUUGCCGCUUGUCUUGCACUAUGUUCUACAUUUACUCCAUCACCCUUGCAGCAACAACAACAUCAUAUAGUGAAUCAGCAACCUAGACAAUAUGCUCCUUCAGUUCUUUCCAUGUCUGGCGAUGAUAGUGCCGAAGGUGGGUUGAUGGGAUUGAACGAACUUCAGACUCUGCUUCGAGACGCCGUGCGAAAAGAAGAUUACAUCGAGGCUGGUUCUCUUUCCAAUCAACUUUUUGAUCGACUAUACAGUGAUAACAUGCCAACAUCAGAUGAAGACAAAAAAUCCAAACGAAGGCGCAUGUCAUGGAAGGGUUUGGGAGCUGCUCCUUGGUUGGUGGAUCGUCUCGAUUCGUUGAAUUUUACCUUUCCAACCACCAUCCAAAUCAACGCUAUGGAAUCUGUCAAUGAGAUUCUAAAUUCCACGGACGAAAUGGUGGAGUCCUCAUCGCUAGAAGAGCGAAUUGGCAUGAACGACAAGGAUCUUGGGAUUGUCAUUAGUGGAAGCACCGGAUCGGGCAAGACAUUGGCGUACCUGAUUCCAUUGCUCUCGACUCUGAGUGAUUCUCUAUUUACUAGACAACGAAUCCGAGUGGGAGCUGAAGAGAAUGUUGGUGAUACCACUGGUGACAUGCUGGAACGUAUAUCCGUGGUGACAUCUCCAGUCGUCCGUACCAGCAGUCGUAAACCAGUCCGGGGAGGCGCCAUUGCUACAGGAGCAUCACUCGCAACUUUGGGAAAGUCUGGUAAAGAUGUAAAGAGCCCACUAGCCUUGGUUGUCGUUCCCACCAAAGAGCUUGGAGUGCAAACGGCAAUGAUUCUGUAUGAAUUGAUUGGAGGGAACAUAAAAAAGGAUGCUGCCGAAAUGAAAGGCAAGGCCAACAUGUUCAAAUACAAGGGACCCAAAGGGGUUCGCAUUGGAUGUGUUUUGGAUGAACAAGAGGCUGAAUUUGGUUUGAAACUACAAACCGAUGUGGCUGUUACCAUGCCAGAGUAUCUGGACAAGCUGAUUGGGGACGGAGAUUUGGUUCCAUCCAAGCUUCGGGUCGUGGUGUAUGACGAAGCUGAUUUGGCAUUGGAAAAUACAGCAGCAGACGCUUUGAAGUCUCUUUUUGAUGACAAUCUAGAAGAGCGAGAAUACACGAGAUUGACAUUCAUGGUUGGUGCCAGUGUCACCGAAUCGCUUGGAAGUCUUGCCGUGAGAAAUCGCAUUCUGCCAGAGGGAAAGAGCUUCAUUGCCACUGCCUUGAAGCAUCGACCACUAUUGGACUCUGCCGAUCUAGAAGCCGAAACAAAAGCCUCAUCCGAAGGAUCUGGCAAAGAACCCAAGACGGCGUCACUCCAAGACUUGAACCUUUGUUUGAAUCCAGGACUAAUUCACCAGCGCGUCCGUGUGGAAGGCAAGAACGGUCUCUUGGCACUCACUCGAUUAAUUCGUAAAGAGUUGCGAGAUUAUGACACUGGGAAGAACUCGGAACGUCCUCGAGUGGUUAUUUUCUUUCCCGACGAAGUCAUUGCGAAAGCAUCCAUUGCACCAUUGCGCGACGCCUUGUGGGGAGAACACAAACUGUGCGUCCUCUUACCCAAGACUGGCUUCAAUCCACUGCAAAUGAUGGAACAAUUCAAGAGCAACGAAACCUCCGUGUUGUUGGCCACUCCUAAUUCCGUCCGUGGAUUGGAUUUCCCCGAUGUGACCCAUGUUUACACGCUGUACUUACCCAUGGACGAUCCUCGCGAAUAUGUCCAUUUGGCAGGCCGUGUUGGUCGCGUCGGUCAAAAGGGUAGCGUUCGUGGAAGUGGAGGAAGAGUGGUUUCUAUUUUGCAGGAAGAAGAAGCUGACAAGAUGGAACAAUUGGCCGCCGAAUUGGGAUUUGACUUUUCGGACAUUGUCUUGGAUAAGGAAGAUAUGGUGCUCCCCAGAGAUGAGGAGGGCGAAAUUGAUUGGGGAGAUGCGAAUCUCGACGACGUGGAGGUGGAGAAAAUGCGACGAUUGUUUGAAGAUACUCUGAAUCUGGUAAACUCCGAUGGUGCUCCAGAAGACCAGUUGGUGGAUACGCCAUCCGUGAUUGACGCGGAAUUUGAAGACGACGACGACGACGACGACGAAGAGGGCUUUCAAUAG